AGUUAUGUAUUUUCUUGGAAAACAAUCUUCAAACUUCUUCUUCUUCAUGGCUGUGACAAACGUCAAUUCACAUAUGUACAUUUCGUUUUGACAGCUAAAACGCUUAAAACUUGUGGUAUUCGGUCAAGUUUGUGCCAUUUAAUUUCGGGGUAAAAUCGCGAUAAAUUGUGUAUAAUUUUCUUGAAAAGUUGUGAAAAACGUGUGGCGUAUAAUAACGCUGUGCUUGAAAUAAUAAAUUCGAUAAUUUCUGUAGAAUUCAUUGCAUGCGGCGAUUGCGGACCUCCACGAAAGCGCAGACGGCUGGAGCAGUGAUCGCUACGACGGCAACGAAAAGUGGAAGCGGUGGUGGCGGUGGAUCUACAUCGUCAACAGGAGGAAUAACACCGCAUGCAGAUAUUAGGCAAACUCGUAGCAAUAGCGGUGGUAGUGGUGGGACUAGUGGCGAUAUAACAAAUAGCAACAGCACAGGUUCUGUAGGAAUAACAGUCACCACUAUUGUUGCAGCAACAACAACAACCGUGAGCCGUCAAAAACACAACAUGGACGCAAAGCUGAGUGGAGAUGUAUUUAAGAACUUUGAAAAGACAGGAAAGAGUGAAUUUUUGAAGUUCUUAAAACAACAAGUGAAGGAAAAUGAUAAUCCGAUUUUUGGCAAAAAUGACGAAUUUAAAUUCGGGAUCUCCAGGGCUAUCUACGACCUACUAUGGCAUGGACUACGUUGCACAUUGAAGAAAGACACUGUGUUGAAUACUCUAGCGGAUGUUGUGACGUUGCAUACUGAUUUCCCUUCGGUUAUCUUAGAUAUUGUAAAUAUAUUGGACGCCGAAACUUCCUUAAUGACUGAUGGCAUACAAGAAGAGCGUCUCAUGUUUAGUCAGAUUGUUAAAGAUCUCGAUAAGGUGAUAUCAGAUAAGCUUAUAAAGGAGCGCUUAGAAAUAGAUACACUACAAGAUGUAGGGAUUGUGAAGAAUAAGGUGUUCUACACCAAGUUCAUUAAGAUAAAAACAAAGCUUUACUACAAGCAGCGGCGCUUUAACCUCUUCCGGGAGGAGAGUGAAGGAUAUGCUAAACUGAUUACAGAAUUAAAUCAAGACUUUGAGGAAGAUGCCACAGCGACAAGCAUAAUGGAUAUUAUAAAAUCACUAAUUGGUUGCUUUAAUUUGGAUCCUAAUCGCGUACUUGAUAUCAUAAUUGAAUCCUUUGAAACACGUUCAGAACGGCGACAUCUUUUCAUACCGCUGUUACGUGCGUACAUGCCAAAUGGUUCAAUUAUAUGUGAAGUACUCGGUUAUAAAUUUCGUUAUUUUGCUGAGACAAGAACACCGCGUUCACUCUUUCAUGUUUGCUCACUACUUUUGAAAUAUGGCGUUAUUGAAUUACAUGAUAUUUACCAAUGGCUUACACCAGUCGACAAGUCGAUUAUAAGCGAAUGGGAAAGCGAUCUAUCAGAAGCAAAAGAAUUUGUGCGCAAACUAAAUAUUAUUGUAACAAAUAAGGAUAAAGAACAAGUAGAACCAGAAAUAGAGAAACCCUAUGAUGUGGAAAAAUAUUAUGCCAACCAGAAGUUUGGCUUGUGUGAAGGUUUGCUCAAAGUUGGUGAUUGGGAAAAUGCAUAUAAGAUAAUAAAAAAAUUACCUGAACAAUCGGUUAUAGUACAUGAGCCAAUCGCACGUGCCCUAGCCGAAUUAAUACACAUCUCCAUUGAUUAUGUUUACACCGAUAAAUGUUUUAAAGCCAAUUCGCGGCGUUCAAAAUUGACUGAUGAUAAAAAGUUAUUACAAAAAAUACAAGCGCGUGAAUUUUCACAAUUGCGCAACUAUACCAUACCGAUGGUGAUAGCAUUGGGUCCCGCUAUGCAUUAUGACACAGUGCUAAUGUAUAAACUUAUACGCAUUUUGCGUACAAUAAUGACAGAUAUGGGUGUGGAUAGCCUGAAUGCGCCACCGCCUAAUACUGAAUCAGAAACGCUCUACUUUGAAGUUAUGACUGUUAUAGAUGCAGCUAUAUUACCAGCGCUUUCGUACCUAGAUUGCAAUUGUCCCAUGGCUGAGGAGAUUUGGACUGUGUUGAAAUUCUUUCCGUACCAUUUUCGUUAUAGUUUAUAUGCACGUUGGAAAAACGACACCUAUUUGGUGCAUCCGGUGCUUAUACGUCGGCGUGGUUUGGCACAUAAAAACAUUAAAGCUUUAAUGAAACGCGUUAGUAAGGAGAACGUGAAGCCGGUAGGGCGUCUAAUCGGCAAAUUGAGUCAUUGUGCGCCAGGCUUUCUUUUUGACUAUAUUUUGCUACAAAUCCAAAUCUAUGACAAUUUAAUUGGUCCUGUUGUGGAUUCCCUAAAAUAUCUAACAUCACUCUCAUUUGACUGUUUGGGCUAUUGCUUGAUCGAGGCUUUAGCAAUGGCAGAUCGAGAUCGUUUCAAGCAUGACGGCACUUCAAUUUCUUUGUGGUUACAAAGUUUAGCUUCUUUUUGUGGUGCAAUAUUUAAAAAAUAUAAUAUUGAACUGAGUGGUCUGCUGCAGUAUGUGGCCAAUCAGCUGAAAUCGCAAAAGAGCUUGGAUCUUUUGAUACUAAAGGAAAUAGUGCAAAAAAUGGCUGGCGUUGAGUCGGCUGAAGAAAUGACUAAUGAGCAUUUAAAUGCUAUGUGUGGUGGCGAGUUGUUGCGUGGCGAGGCUGGUUAUUUUAGUCAAGUGCGUAAUACGAAGAAGUCUUCGCAACGCUUGAAGGAUGCGCUCGCCAAUAAUGAUUUAGCUGUUGCCAUUUGUUUGUUAAUGGCACAACAAAAACAUUGUGUAAUCUAUCGUGAGACUGCGCAAAGCCAUCUUAAACUUGUGGGUAAAUUAUAUGACCAAUGUCAGGAUACUUUAGUACAAUUCGGCACUUUUCUCGGUUCUACAUAUUCGGUGGAUGAAUAUGUCGAGCGUUUGCCAUCAAUAAUUGCCAUGCUGCAGGAGUAUCACAUCAACGCAGAUGUAGCAUUCUUUUUGGCUCGUCCAAUGUUUACUCAUCAAAUUAAUCAAAAGUACGAUCAAUUGCGCAAGGCAGACCCAAAUGCUAAAAAAUUGACCACCAAUCAAAAAUUGCAAAAAUAUUUAGAAGCCACUAAUUUAAUUAUGAACCCCAUUGUGGAGUCAGUGCGUCCAUUACAUGGUCCAAAAGUGUGGGAGGAUAUUAGUCCUCAAUUUUUGGUGACUUUUUGGUCGCUAAGCAUGUAUGAUUUACAAGUACCCGCCGAGAGUUAUCAGAAGGAAAUUUCCAAGCUCAAACAAUUAUCACUACAAGCUGCGGAAUCAAAAGAUUCGAACGCGUCUAAGAACAAGAAAGAACAGGAACGUUAUAUUGCUUUGAUGGAUAAGCUACAGGAUGAACGUAAGAAACAGCAAGAGCAUGUCGAUAAGAUUCUGCAACGUUUACAACAACAAAAGGACAAUUGGUUCCUUUCACGCUCGGCAAAGUCGGCAAAGAAUGAGACCAUAACGCAGUUUUUGCAGCUUUGCCUGUUUCCAAGGUGCACCUUCACUGCCCUCGAUGCCCUCUAUUGUGCGAAAUUCGUGCAUACCAUACACAACUUAAAGGCUGCCAAUUUUUCGACGUUGCUUUGUUACGAUCGGAUUUUCUGCGACAUCACCUACUCGGUUACGUCAUGCACCGAAAAUGAGGCCACACGCUAUGGGCGCUUCCUUUGCGCCAUGCUAGAAACCGUAAUGCGUUGGCAUGCCGAUCAGGCUGUUUUCAAUAAAGAAUGCGCCAAUUAUCCCGGUUUUGUUACCAAAUUUCGUGUCAGUAAUCAAUUCUCGGAAGCUAACGAUCACGUUGGUUAUGAAAACUAUCGUCAUGUCUGUCAUAAGUGGCAUUAUAAAAUCACCAAAGCGAUUGUCUUCUGCUUGGACUCUAAAGAUUAUAUGCAAAUACGUAAUGCACUCAUCAUACUAAUGCGUAUAUUGCCACAUUAUCCUGUGCUCGCCAAAUUGGCACAAAUUAUUGAAAGAAAAGUGGAGAAAGUGCGUGAGGAGGAGAAGAAUAAACGUCCGGAUUUGUUCGUUAUCGCCUCUAGCUAUAUUGGCCAGUUGAAGACAAAGGCGGCGCAAAUGAUUAAAGAAAGUGAUUUUCAUCAGGUUACCGAACGACAACUGCGCGUUGAAUCCGCUGCCGCUGCGGCUAUUGCUGCCGGAAAUACAAUCAGCGCUGCACAGAUAGUCAAUGCAGUUGCGCAAAUUAAUGCGAAUGCUACAACAAAUAGUGCAAGCGCAAAUGCGAAUGUUGUCAGUUUGGUUGAUGCGGCAAACAAAACUGCGACAACGGUACAACCUGCGGCACAUCGUGAAGUUACGCCCGUAACGGCAAAACAAGUCAGCAAUGGUGAUGUGAAGGGUGAAAAACGCGAGAAAGAAAAACAGCCUAAGCAAAUUAUUAAAAUGGAACGUGAGCCUAUAACGAGUAAUAUUUCAAAUAACUCACCCAUCGAGUUGGACACGAGAUCAUCUACAGUUGUAAUAAACGAACGCAGCAGUGAGCAUGGUGAUCGCCAUAGCAGUAGUCGUUCGCUGAAAGAUGUUAAAAAGGAAGAACGUACACGUGAACGCGAACGUGAGCGUGAGCGGGAGAAUCAAAGGGAGCGCGAAAAAGAACGCGAACGUGAGCUUAGGGAGCGUGAAAGAGAGAAGGAACGUGAACGGGAGCAGCGUGAGCGAGAACGUGAGCUGCGUGAGUUGCGCGAACGUGAGCGCGAACAUCGCAGUCAUAAUGACGAAUUAGAUUUAUCAGGCGGCGGUGGCGGUGGUGUAGGAGGUGGUAGUGCUGGUGGUACUCUCACUAGUGGCAGCACUAUGAUUUCCACACGCUCCAAGCGCGACAAACGACGCGGCGAAGAACGUUAUCGGCUAGAAUCACCGGCUGUGGAGCAUAUCGAGGUAAUGGAAAACAAACAUGAACACCAUGAGUAUGAACGUGAACGAGAUCGGGAACGCGAACGUGAACGUGCUAGGGAUUUGAGUUCGGUAUCGAAUGAGAGCAAUGGUUCAUCGAUGCAUCGACGGAGUCAGGAUAUAAUUGAAUAUGACAAAGACACGAAACGCCGCAAAGUGGAAGCCGCCUCGACGACUGCUUCAUCAAACUCAAAGAAACAGGUUUUAGAUGAUUUGCUUGAGAAUACAAAGAAAGAACGCGGCGUCAAAAAUAAAGAGCGCAAAGAAAAGCUAUCCGAGGAGGAGAAGGACGCACGUAAAGAACGCAAAAUGGGACGUAAACGUGAACGGCUGGAGGAGAAUACCAAUACGGAGCAUAAGCGGCGUAGAGAAGUACAAAAUGGCGAUGAUGAUUUGCGUGAGCGUGACAAAUAUCAUACAAGAGAAAAGUCACCACACCUGCGCAGUGAGACGCGUGAACGCUCGCAUGAGAAGUUCGAACGUGAUCGGAGCACACGUGAGGAGCGUUUAUACGGCACUUCAAAGUCUGCACGUUCGCGCAUCGGUUACUAAGUGGGAAACAGCAAACCAACAGCAGUGGUGGGCAGACAGACGCCAGCAUUGUUUUAUACAUUUUUAUUUUUUUUUUUUAAUAAUUAAUUUUUAAUGUCCAAGCAAUUUCAAAGCAAGCAAUCAACAAAUCAGCCAACAACAAUAACAUCAUCUUAAAAUACAACAAUAACAGCAACAAUACAAUUUCUGUUAGUA